AUGGCGCACGCUAAGGGCCCGUUCGGCUUGACCCUUGAAGCAGCCCUGCCGACAAGCAGCCGGCAGAUUAGUAUUACUGCAGUGUGUAUUACUACUGGUCGUGGUAAUAGCAGUAGUGUAGUAGCACUUGGGCGACGGGCAGAACCAGACGGCACUGCGCAGGGCCGGCGACGAAUGCAGUACUGCCAACUCGACUCGCCGUGCAUCAGCGGCACUGAGUCGCCUCGUGGAAGCACCAGCCCAGCACCAGCACGAGCACCAGCACCAGCCGCCGCCGCCGCCGCCUCUGUCGCCCUUCAUCUUCCUUGGCCCUCGAGCUCCCAGCAACGGCUGCCGUGUUGUUAUAGUGCGGCGCGCGCGCUCAGUGCAAGCCCCCUCGUCCCGUAUACCCUCGCUACUCUGACCCGGCGCGUCGAUGCCAGCGCCGCGCAUAAGCUGCAUCCAUCGUCGUCGCCCCCAUCCUUCCCGCCGCCUCGCCUGCCGCUUCUCUCCACCACCUCCACCUCCACCACCACCACUACUACUACCACCACCACCACCCACCCACCAUCCACCCGCCCCCGACCACGCCGCGAGCCCCGUACUGUUGUCGCCCGGCCCGCUCCGCCUGCGUCGCGCGCAUGCGCCGAUACCACAGCCGCCCCAUCCCCCAAGACGGCCACGCCGCCGCCCCGAGCCAUGGAGCACUUUGACACCUCCACCAUGUCGUACAUGCCCAUGCCGAUCCCGCUGCAGACGGUCACGGGCCCCGACCAGCAAAUGACCAUGCCCUUGGUGCCUAUGGACCAGUUCGACCAGCGCUCCACCUUUGAUGCCGAGACAUUUAUCGGGUACGCUCACAAGCGCGCCCUCACACUUGCUGCGUGCCAGCUGCUAACUCCCCUGCCCAGAAGCGAAGAUGCAUACUCGACCUACCACCUCCAGCAGAUGCCGCCCCAGCUCAAGCGCUACCCCAGCGCCUAUGAAGACCCCUUCUCCGACGUCCAGAGCGGCUACGAGCAGUCGAUACACCCACACGAACCAAACGGCCUGCCCGAGAGCCCCAGCAUCGACAGCAACAACAAGCUGCUCAGCUUCUCCCUGCCCUCGGUCCCCUACACCAUCCUCAGCUAUGCCAUGCAGCGAGUCUCCAUCACCAUGUCUGCCCAGCUGCACGGCAUGUUCUUUCUCGCCGAGUCGCCCUGGGCAUCCGCGGCUAACGUCCAAGCGCCCUCCGAGUUGACGUGCUACCGAAGAAACCUGUUCCAGAUAACCGGCACCGUCACCAUUCCCAGAGCUCUUCAGUUUCUCAUGACGGACCAAGGAGACCAAAUCCCCAUUCUGGGCCAAGAACUCACCAUCUCGGCCACCGAGUCGCUCGAGGGCAAUUCGGUCAAAAUUAUAUCUGUGCCGUGGAAGACGCCGGCAACAAGCAACGCCCCUGUUGAAGACAAGACGGAAAAGGAGCCGCCCACGUAUCCACUCGACCUGUCGACGGGCCAGGACGUUGACUCUGAAUACGUCAGUUUUCCCAUUAGCUGGAAGCGAUUGCAAUUCCGGAUAGCGACGGCCAACAAUGGCCGCAGGAAAGAGCUGCAGCAGCAUUUUGUCGUGCGCCUCAAGGUGAUGGCGACGCUUGCCAACGGUGUCAAAGUGCCCAUUUGUGAGAUCCACUCUGGCGCCAUCAUUGUGCGCGGCAGAAGCCCACGCAACUUUCAGGCUCGAAAGGAUAUGCCAAUAAGCGGGGGUGCGACCACACGCAAGGUACACACCCCGCAGCAGCCGCCCCAGCCGAGUAGAACCCCAACGGGCGAUACAAACCAAGGCACUCCCAAGCCAACACAAGCCCAAGUCCAAGCCCAAGUCCAAGCCCAAGUCCAAGCUGCAGGGCCGGCAAAACCCGUAGAGCUGCUGCAGAUGCCCUUUGAUUUCAAUGGAAGCGCCAUGCCGCCAUCUCCAGACUUUGACUGGAAGAUACCCACGGGUGCGCAGACUGCCAUACCCCAGGAUCCGCCCUCGUCGCAGAUGCAGCACGCCACACCCUAUGCACAAUCAACGCCAGAUAUUUCAAGAGGCGCGCCUCUUCCCAAGACAUCCAUAGCCCCAGUCACCCUAUCCCUCACCGAUGAUGAGCCUACCAAGGCCCCCUCUCCCAAUGAGCAACAAAGAAAACGCACAACGCCCAUGCGACCACCCUCCUUCUCCAUUGGUAUUGUUAACAGCCCAGACGAAAGCGCUGAUCUCCUUUACGAGUAUUUCCCCUUAGGCUUGGACGAUUGGAUGCCGCCUGUCGAUGCCGUCUAUCGGCCCCAUGUCGUCCACCAUAUUACCCCGUUUCCACAGGAUGGGAAAGCAGACGCUGGUAGGAGUCGGUCGAAGCGGUACUUUUCGGAUGCUUGGUGA